AGGGGUGAUGCGUCGUCUCUUCUUUCGCAGGUAAAGUCCUCUGAUACGGUUCUGAAUACUUCUGCCACUCCAAAGACAACAAACCCGCCUGAAUAUCAGUGUUGUCUUCGGUGGGACGUCUGGGGAUUAUGCGGAGCCGAAUCUGCGUUGAGCUUUUUCUACAAAUAUCUUGGAUUUUUUUGUCGUUUACAGAACAGAGAGUGAAGAUAGAUCCGCGGAAGGAUACAGCGCACUGACAUGGGGAGUGUGAUCCUGCUGGCGCUCCUGCUGCUCCACCUGCCUGCAGAGCUGCUGUCCAUCCAGGUGGUCGUUCCAGAGACGGAGAGGAGGACGAUGCUCUUCGCCUCCGUCAUCCUGCGCUGCGACUACUCGACCUCAGCGAGCGCCAACGAAGUCCUGGUCACCUGGAGGUUCAAGUCCUUCUGUAAAGACCCCAUUCUGGAGUAUUACUCCACAGCUUUUCAGGCAGCCCUGCAGCUGGGUCAGGACCCGGCUGACGACUGCCCGGAUCGCCAGCGAAUCGUCCGCACGGUGGUCCAGAAGAGAGGCAUCAGUGAAGCCAUCCUGGGGUCGGAGUACAGAAACCGCAAAAUCACCGUCCAGAACAAUGCCGACCUGGUCAUAAAUGAGGUGAUGUGGUGGGAUAACGGCAUGUAUUACUGCAGCAUCGACGCUCCGGGAGACACAACGGGGGACUCGGAUCGUGAAAUCAAGCUCAUUGUUUUCCACUGGCUGACCGUCCUGUUGAUCAUCAUCGGAGCUCUGCUACUCAUCAUGCUCUUGGGCAUCUGCUGCUGUCAGUGCUGCCCGCAGAAGUGCUGCUGCUACAUCCGCUGCCCCUGUUGUCCUCAGACGUGCUGCUGCCCCGAAAAAGCUGUGAUGCAGCACAGGAUGCUGCGAGAGGCUCGGAAGGCGAUGGCUCCCUGGAUGAACGGCCAGCCCAUCUACGCUCCCGUCAGCUCCAACGGCUCGUCCCUCGGUGGGCCCGUGCUGUAUUCAGGUUCAUACGCGGAAUACCCAACCAAGCACAACUUUGCCAUGGCCCCGAUGCAGCUGGCCCCCAUGAACCCCAUGAACCCUCCUCCUCCCCCUCCGCAUCACCUCCACCUGCACAGCAACGUCCAGGGCACCAACCAGGUCCUGGACUACCUGGAGAACCGGGUCAAGGGGCUGGAUGUGGCAGUACCUCAAACCAUUCCCCAGCAUGCUCAGCAUAUGGUGCCAUUACAGGCUUAUCAGGACCUCCAGACCGCUCCUCCGGGGGUCCCCUACACCCCCGGCCCCCCGAGCAUGCUGUCAGCGCUGGAUGAGAUGGGCGUGAGGGGGGUGGAGAGGAGGGUGAUCACUCUGCCUCCGAUCAUCCAGCGCCAGCCCAGCUUCUCCUCCCGCCGGGCCCCCGCCGGCAGAGACGGAGCCCGGGGUCAAAGGUUUCCCAGCCAGUCCAGCGGGAGCACCAGCCGCUCGGGGGGCGGCCCCUGCAGAGACGGGCGGGGCUACAGGGACGCCUCGCCGCCCAGGCGGGGGAUCCUGCGGGAUUACAGCGACGACUCGGACUGGGACAGCCGGCGGGGCCGAGCGCCGCGGGGGAGCUCCAGGAACGGGGGACGGGGCUCGGCCAGGAGCGGCGGGGGCGGGUCCAGGCCGCGGACGCGGAGCCGAGACGACCUGAUGGAGGAGCUGCACGGCCGAGCGGCCCGGAGGGAGAGGAGCUGCUCUCCCCCCCGACACCGCAGAGGCUCCUGGAGCUCGGACGACGACGACGGCAGGAAGAGAGGAGGAAAGGGCUGGCCGGAGAAACCUCCCAGCUACUUCUCCAUCACGCCCCAACACGGCCGCAGGAACUACGAGCACAUUUCUGAUAGAGGCUCCCAUAGCAGCACCAGCGUAGUCAUCUGAAACAUUUCUGUCUCUUAGACUCUCUCCUGAAUUCUUCCACACAGGUGCAAAUGAAGGUAAAGUUCGUUGAGUGGAGGUGUUGUGGGCGUGUACUGUAAAUGCUUGUUUUUACUCUGUUUGCACUAUAAUUGUACUGAAAACGUGUUUAUGCGUCUUUUUUAUUUGAUGAUGUUUGGUCAUUCCUCUCUGCCUUAAAUCUUCUUGGUGAUGGAUAAAAUAAUCCCUAUAUUUGGUGAUGUAAAUAAUUCUUAUUUUUUGCAUUAUUGCUUGCAUUUCAGUUUCAUUAUUGUUUUUAGAUAUUUAUCCAUCGUAAUUCUGUCAGGCAGCAAUACCAUUACUGUCAAAUACAUUACAUAGACCUUCUUUUUUAUAAAGUAGAGAAAUAGAUUACUAGAAAUCUUUGAAGCUCUUUCUGUAAAUACUUGUUAUACACAAAAAUACUGAAUAAUAGUGAUCUUCAUUAACUUGUUUUUGUUACACGAUAGAGAUGCUUCAUCAUUAGAUGUGUUUUUAAUAAAAUCUUUUUUAAAA